AUGCUGAUACAGGUGGAAGGGUCUGUUCCCCGAAGUGGUGGUGGAGGUGAUGAUGAUGGUGAUGACGAUGAUGACGAUGAUUACGAUUCUCCAUUAACAUUACAUACUCUCGAAGAUGGAUUGAUGCCGAUACAGGUGGAGGGGUCUGGUCUCCGUGCUGGUGGUGGAAGUGAUGAUGAUGAAGAUGAUGACGAUGAUGAUGACGAUUACAAUUCUCCAUUAACAUUACAUACCCUUGAAGAUGGAUUGAUGCCGAUACAGGUGGAAGGGUCUGGUCCCCGAAGUGGUGGUGGAGGUGAUGAUGAUGAUGAUGAUAAAGAUGAUGAUGAUGAUUACAUUUCUCCAUUUACAUUAGAUACCCUCGAAGAUGGCUUGAUGCCAAUACAAGUGGGAGGGUCUGGUCCCCGAAGUGGUGGUGGAGAUGAUGAUGAUGAUAAUGAUGAUAAUGAUGAUUACAAUUCCCUAUUAACAUCACAUAGAAACGAAAAUUGA